AUGUUGAAUACUGUUAAUCGUGUGAGCAUCACAACUGACAUGUGGACAUCCGUUCAAAAUAUCCAUUACAUGGUAGUUACAUGCCACUUUGUAGACUCGGAUUUUGAUAUUCACAAAUGCAUAUUGAGUUUUGUAGAUGUGCCUCCGCCAUAUUCUGGAGUUCAUAUGUAUGAUUGCUUAUUCAAGUGUUUAAAAGAUUGGAAUAUUGAGAUGAAGGUGGCUACUUUGACUGUGGACAAUGCUAAAACUAAUGAUAUGGUGGCUAGAAAGUUGAUGGAUAAUUUAAAUCUACAAAAAAACUUCCUCUUGAUGGAAAAUGGUCUAUCAGAAAUUCAAGAUAUAAUUCACAAUGUUCGUGAGAGUGUGAAACAUGUGGGUGCUUCUCCGGGGCGAUUACAUCUCUUUAGUGAGCUCACUAAACAAUUACAAUUGAAAAAAAAACAUCUUAUCUUGGAUGUCAGUACUCGGUGGAAUGCAACAUAUGCAAUGUUGUCUACGGCUUUGGAAUUUAAAGAAGUUUUUGAGAAUUAUGCCGGUCGAGAAAGUACAUACACCAAAUUACCAAGUGGUGAUGAUUGGAAAAAAUGUAAAGAUGUUUGCUCAUUCUUGUCACUUUUCGAUGAGGCUACCAAAAUAAUUUCAGGUUCUGAGUAUCCAACUUCUAAUUUAUUUCUCAUUGAGUUAUACGUUAUAAAGAAUGCAUUGGAUACUGUAGCUCUGGAGGAGAAUGAUUGCAUGCGAUCUAUGGCAUGUAAAAUGAAAGAAAAAUUUGACAAAUACUGGGGCUCUACUAAUCUGUUGAUUUCUCUGGGUGCUGUUAUGGAUCCAAGAUAUAAAAUGGAACUAAUUAAAUUAUCUUUCAAUACAAUUUAUUCUCUGGAGGAGGCUAAAGAAGAAGUACAAGUUGUUAAUGACAUUUUAGAGGAUUUGUUUAAUGAGAGGCACAUAAGGAAUCGAAUGUUGUUCGAACUGGUGGUGCAACUACUGGGAGUGGAAGCGAGAUCAGAGCUGUCAGAGUUAGCCACUUAUUUAGAGGAAGGAGUGUACAUUUGUGAGACAGGUGCAAGUUUUGAUGUUUUGGGAUGGUGGAAAGAGAAUAGACUUAAGUAUAGAAUUUUGUCUAAAAUGGCAGCUGAUAUCCUAUCUAUUCCAAUAACAACUGUUGCUUCUGAAUCGGCUUUCAACGCUGGUGGCAGGGUUGUUGAGCCACAUCGUUCUUGUUUAGGAACAGAGAUGGUUGAUAUGCUUGUUUGUGGAGCUGAUUGA